AUGGGUUAUUCAAUUUGGGAAAUAGCGAAGGCCUUCAUCGACGACCACUCCAAGCUCACCGCUGACCUAUACACCCAGGCCAUCACCGUCGACCCCAACAACUCCGAGCUCUACUCCGACCGCGCUCAGGCCAACAUCAAAUCCAACAAUCUCACUGUAUUGGAUUCGAACAUUGGAGCUGUGGAUUUGGGAUUGAAGGCAAGAAUGUCAAAAUUGGGUCUAAGAAGGUUUCUGGUAUUGGAUUCGAACAUUGGAGCUAUGGAUUUGGGAUUGAAGGCAAAAAUGUCAAAAUUGGGUCUAAGAAGGUUUCUGGGUAAGCAGGUUCAAACUCUGACUAACCGCAAAGAGAAGUUCCGUAAAUUUCUUGAAUCGUAUAAGCCGAGUCUUGUAUACUUGCAAGGAGAGCAGCUUGAAAAUGAUGAAGUUGGUUCUUUUGCCUGGAGAGAUGCUGAUUUGCCAACUGCUGAAUCUAUAUCCGACAUCUUUCCACAUUGCCUACAACUGUAA